AUGCCGGCCACGGGGGAUGGAGACCCGGCUAUGGGAGGCCCGGACGGCUCCGCGGGGGCGUGGGCCCGGGAGGCCAGAGCCGGCGACGGGGUGGACCGCGACUCCGGGCCUCCCGGGGCCCACCCAGCGCCAGCGCUGGGGGCCGAGGCAGCCGGAGUCACGGGGGCCCAGGGAGGCUCGGGAGUGGCGGCCCCGGAGGGCGAUAGCGCUGAGGAGGAUUCAGACAUCCAGCCGGCCGAGGAGGAGGAAGAGGAGCGCGAGGACGAGCUGGACCUCGUGGUGGACGAGCGCCAGUUCCCCAUGGCGGCCUUCCGCUUCAUGUUCCUGGACCUGAUGCACUCGCUGCUGCACAGCGUCUACCACAACAACCACACCCUCGUCCGCCACCGCGGCGGCCCCGUGAUGGUCCGGGCCCGGCCGUGCUCACCCGACGGCUCGGGCGGGCUGGCCGGGCUCCCCGCGCUCCCCGCACUCCCCACACUCCCCGCACUCCCGGCGUCCGAUGGGCCGGGCGAGGAGCCCGCGGCCCGGGAGCCGGUGGCGAAGGCCGUGGCCCGGAAGCCCGAGGAGCCCGAGAAGCCAAGCCUGUUGGAGAUGGCGGCCGAGGGGGCCCACGAGGCCAGCCUGUGGGAGGCGGCCGAGGAGGAGGAGGAGGGGGCCACCCUGUGGGAGAUGGCGGAGGAGGAGAACACCACCCUGUGGAAGAUGGCAGAGGAGGAGACUGAGGAGGAGCCCAAGAGGGCCAGCCUGUGUGAGAUGGCGGAGGAGGAGGACACCACCCUGUGGAAGAUGGCAGAGGAGGAGCCCACUGAGGAGGAGCCCGAGGCGCCCACCCUGUGGGAGAUGGCGGAGGAGGAGGCCGAGGAGGAGCCCAUCCUGUGGGAGUUGGUGGAGAACCCUGCCGCUCUUGAGGGUGAGCGGCCGGCAGGCGGGCCAGUGGGCGGGCGUGGGGAGCUGCAGGCCAGUGGGCGGGCCGGCGGGCGCGGGAGCUGCAGGCUGCAGCCCGGUUGGUUGGGGACCCGGGAUCCAGAGGGACCCAGGCUCAGACGUGGGCCUCGGGAGGUGAAGCCGGGAGUCGGGGCCUCCACGAGCUGA